AUGACGGAAGCCUCACCAGAGCCAGAGCCGGUCGAGGCCCAAACAAAGCCCGUUAUCGAGAAUGCCGACUCCGACUCCGGCGAUGAUCGCGAAUCCCUGAGCCCGUCACCUGAAGCUCCCAGUGCUGCGCAAAAGGGUAAAGCACCCAUAUCAGUAGAGAAUGACGGCAACGAAGCUGUCGCGCCGGCCAAUGUAGCGGGGCAAAAGGCGGAGAAGCAAGCCAAGGCCCAGGACGUUGAAGAGGUUGACGAUGAGGAAGAAGACGAUGAUGAGGAGGACGAUGAGGACGAUGAUGAUGAUGACGAAGACGAUGACGAUGAGGACGAAGAGCCUAGGCUCAAGUAUGCCCGCUUGACUCAACAUCUGGGGCCCAUCUAUCGCAAUGGCGACGCGACCAGUUCGUUCCUCGUAGCUGGUGACAAGAUGAUCAUCGGAACGCAUAACGGCACUGUCCACGUCAUCCAAUUGCCCAUGUUCCAGUCGCUUCGAGUGUACAAAGCCCACUCCGCCUCCGUUACAAGUAUCUCCAUAUCUCCGUAUCCUCCUCCUCUCCCGACAGCACGAGCCGAGGCCGUUCAAAGAUUAGCAGCAGAGGCUGCCGAGAGUGUCGCGAGACGUCCUUCGUCUCCGCAGGCGGGCUCACCAGCAGCAGCAUCUCGAAGACCCAAAGAGCCUACUCCUAUUCCGAAUACUCCUUCGAACAAUAUCCAUGUCGCAACCUCGUCAAUGGACGGCAAUGUUUGCGUCUUUUCCUUAGUUGACCCGAAAGACGUCCAGCUGCGAAACUUUGCCCGACCCGUGCAGGCUGUAGCGCUAUCUCCGGACUACAAGAACGACCGGACUUACCUCUCAGGCGGGCUUGCUGGCCAACUCAUCCUGACUGUUGGAGGAUCACCCGGUCGAAGCACGUCGACCACGGUGGGAACAGCAGCUGCCACCGCCUCCGGCUGGCUUGGCAGCAUGGGACUAGGCGCGAACACCGGCAAAGACACAAUUCUGCAUUCUGGCGAAGGCACGGUUAGCACAAUCAAGUGGUCGUUGUCUGGGAAGUAUGUCGUUUGGCUCAAUGAGCACGGUGUCAAAAUCAUGCGUUCGAAACUGCACCUAGAAAGCGGCGACUCGGAUGACGCUUGGAAACGUAUUGGCCACAUUGACCGUCCGCAAACUGAUGAAUGGGAGACUAUGGCCAGUGUCUGGAAGGGUCGAGCCGAGUGGAUCGAUGAGCAGGCCGUCGAAACGGACGAUAACGACGUUUCCCAGACCGAAAUCGCGACUACUCCGGCGGCGACAAGCUUGCGACAACAGGCCGCGUCAAGUACCAAGAAGAUUGAAAGACUUGUUGUCGGAUGGGGAGGUACCAUAUGGAUCAUUCACGUCCACCCUGGCAGUCCCGGCACUGGCAAGCGCGGAAGUGAAAAGACGAUUGGCCGCGCCGAGAUCGCGAAACAUCUCCGCAUGGAUUGCAUCAUUUCUGGAAUUUCGUUAUAUACCCAAAGUCUCCUCCUUGUUUUAGCAUAUGUUCUACCAGACGACGAAGAUGAAGACAGCGAUGACGGGGGCUCCCAGGGGGCGGCCAAGGGUCACACGUCAAAACCCUCGACGACGUCGACAGGCAGCGAGCCUUCUGGAGGCAUCAAGCGGCGGCAAAACCAUCUGCCUCCGGAGCUCAGGCUUAUCGACCUCACGUCCCAGGCUGAAGUUGACAAAGACGGUCUCAGCGUGAGCAGAUACGAGAGGCUGUCAUCCGGCGACUAUCACUUGGGAGUAUUGCCGGCACAAAACGCCGCAUCAGCCGUGUCGGCAUCAAAGGGAGCCCUCGACACUAUUGCUGGUUUUGGAUCCGAUAUGUGGAAUGCAGCCACCAACCCAAGAGCGCUCUUUAGCUCGGGUGCGAGUAUCAGAAGCAAAAACAGUGGCGAUGAUGCUUCCAGUGUACAGGUCCCCAGCAUGGCUGGCGGGCCCCGGAGGCAACCGACCCAGACAGUCCACCCGAACCUCAUGAAGCCCGGAGUGAAAAUCUUCAUUCACAGUCCCUUUGACUUUAUUCUCGCAACAAAACGGGAUCUUGGAGACCACCUGGGGUGGUUGCUUGAGCAUCAAGAAUACCAAAAGGCUUGGGAGCUUCUGGACGAGCACCCUGAGAUCAUGGCUGCGCCUCCAGAGAAUCUUCACGAGCUCGUGCCGACGACGCCAGAUAAGAAACAGGGCAGCCAAGACGAUUUGUACGACGAUGCCUCGUCUGUCGUGGGCUCGGUUGGUCUCGCACGACACCCGAAUUCUUCGGCGCAAAGGGAAAAGAGGCGGAUCGGCGAGCUGUGGAUACGGGAACUCAUCGAGGCCGGCAACUGGGCCGAGGCGGGAAGAGUCUGCGGCAAGGUACUUGGCUCUUCCGACAGAUGGGAGAAAUGGGUAUGGACAUUUGCUGGCGCGGACAAGUUUGACGAGAUUACCAACUACAUCCCGUCCGAACCAAUGUACCCGCGCAUCCCAGGCACCAUCUACGAAGUCGUCUUGAACCACUACAUUCAGGUGGAUAAGCUGCGAUUUAGGGAAUUGCUGGAUCGCUGGUCCACAGAUCUCUUCGACAUCAAGACGGUAACUACCGCUUUGGAAAACCAGCUCAAGUACCGCGAUGUUCGCGAAGACAGUGUCGAGGGAGGUGAGAAGGGUCGCGACUGGAAGAUCGUAAUGGAGUCACUGGCGCGGUUGCACGAGGCGAACGGCCGCUAUCGGGAGUCGCUGAAAUGCUACAUCAAGCUUCAAGAUGCAGACUCGGCAUUCCGGCUGAUUCGCGACAACCAUCUGGCGGAAGCAGUCGCCGAUGACAUUCCCAGCUUUAUCGGCCUGCGAGUUCCCGCCAACCGAGAAUUCAUGCAAGAAGCCGACUAUGAAGCAGCCACUUCGGAAGCCAUAACGCUGCUUGUAGACGAGGCGCAGCACGGCUUGGUCAAGCCCUCGGUGGUCGUCUCUCAGCUGCAAGAAAAGGAUCUCAACUUGUACUUGUUCUUCUACCUACGUGGCUUGUACAAGGGCGAAGGCAUUGAAGAGCACUUGGGCGAAACCCGAGACAGACUUUUGAUGGAGAGCCAGUCCCUUGUCGAUGAGUUUGCGGACCUGGCCGUUCGGCUGUUUGCCAAGUAUGACAGACCAUUACUGAUGAGCUUCUUGAGGUCGUCGACUUCGUACGCGUUUGAAAAGGCGGUCCAAGAGUGCGAAAAAUACAAAUACGACGACGAAUUGGUCCACUUGUACUCAAAGACGGGCCAGAUGAAGCGCGCGCUGUACCUCAUCAUCGACCGACUAAAGGACGUCAAGAAGGCCAUUGAGUUUGCCAAGCAGCAAGACGACCCAGACUUGUGGGAAGACCUCUUGGACUAUAGCAUGGACAAGCCGAGCUUCAUUCAGGGUCUGCUCGAGGAAGUCGGCACAGCCAUCAACCCCAUCAAGCUCGUCAGGCGCAUCCCCGAGGGACUAGAGAUUGAGGGUUUGCGAGAAGGUUUGAAACACAUCAUGAAGGAGCACGAAAUUCAACACAGUAUCAGCUCCGGCGUCGCGAAGGUGCUGCGCAGCGAGGUGGCGGCCGCCCAGAGCGAAUUACGUAGUGGCCAGCGCAAGGGCAUCAAGUUCGAGGUGGUUAUCCAGUCAGCCGAACAUGUAGACGUACAUGUCAAAGACGUUAUGCACCCGCCGGUCAGCGCCGAAGAGGUGGAAGAGAGCUUCUUGCCGUCGGCGAAGGCGGAGCAGCCGGGACACACCCACGAGGCCCCUAAGGCUGGCCACUGCGCGCAGUGUCACGAGUCGUUUACCGAGUACGAGAUGGAGACGUUGGUGGGUUUUGCCUGUGGACAUGUAUUCCAUCUAUCACAUCUACUAGAGGCGCUGUAUCCCGGGAAAAAGCUAGACACAGAAUACGGAGUGAGCAGCGAAGAGUCGAUUCGCAGCGGGUAUCGGGUUGGAACCAAAGUUACACAUGCGCGGUUGUUGAAGGAUCGCAUCAGGGAGGGAUGUCCUGUUUGUACGCAUCGGAGGGCGGACGUGGCGGCGUAG